AAGGCGUGCUCCGGCUUAUGUUCCAGGUGUCGCAAACGCCAACCCUUUGCUAUCUGGGCAGCGCCUGGCUUCUUCUGGAUGCGGCUGCUUUCUUCUGGAGGGAGGGAGCUGGGCCAGAAACUCUGGUGACCAAUCUGUGCAUCAGCAGAUCCAGGAGCAUCUUUCUCGAGAAACGACCUAGAAGCCAAAAAGAUGGAAAACCGAAAAACCUUACGGGAGAAACUCCAGGCUCUACCUUGCCAUUUCACCUGGGACUUUGAGUUUGAGGACCAGGCUGAUGUGGAACAUCUCCUGAAAUACUUGACUCUCCAGGUGAAACACACGUUAUGCCAGAACCGCGAUACCUACGUCACCAUGAAGGCUUUCCUCUACCACCACCAAAGGCGCUACAGCGACGCUUUGAAAAGUCUCCGGGAAGCAGAACACAUUCUGGCGCAGGACCACCCUGACAACCUCUUGCGCCAGGCUGUGUUGACUUACGGGAACUAUGCCUGGAUUUAUUAUCACUUGAGCAAUUACAAGAUGGUGCAGCGGUAUCUGGACCAUAUAGCGGAGCUUGGCCGGUCCCUCUGCAGUCCUCAUCCUUUCCCAACAGGGCUGCCCGAAAUCCUGGCCCAGAAAGGCUGGUCUCUCCUGGUGGCAGGUGUCCAGCGCGGGGUGGAGGCCAAAGAGUGCUUUGAAGGAGCGCGAAGAAGGGACCCGUCUAACAACCAGCUGCAGACGGGCCUGGCGAUGGCUCUUUAUGCCGCUUGGGAGCAUCUUCAGAGCGACCCGUACAGGGAGAAGGCGACGGAAAUGCUGGAAGAAGUGGUUCUUCAUCAGCCUGAGAACUUCGAGACCAAAAUCUACUUGGCAAGGUUGCUUCUGCAAAAAGAUGAGCAAAGAGCAAGGACGCUCCUGGAGGAAGUGGCUGAGAGGAGCCUCAACCCUGAAGUCCUUCGGAGGGCGGCCAAGUUGUGUCUCCGUGACCCGCCACUGCUGUCCCGAGCUAUAUCCAUUUUGAAGAAGGCCAUUGCUCUGGAUUCCAGCUACCACAUCCUCUACUAUGACCUCGGCAUGUGCUACAAGGCCCAGAUGGAGGGAGCUUCUCCCGAACGGAAGUCAAGCUUGCUGACGUUCGCGGGCGAGAAUUUCCACCAGGCCGUGCAAAUGAACGCUUUCUUUGUCGAUCCCAUGCUGGAGCUGGCGACGAUCUACGGAGAAGGACUCCUAGCCUACGAGGAAGAGAUUUACGCCCACCUGGUGGAGGAGGCCCCAAACAUCAGCAAGCAAUGCCUUCAGGCUCUCUAUCUGCAGUGGGGAGACUUCCUUCUCCAGAAGAAGAAUCAGAAGCAAGAGGCCUUGGAGAAAUAUAUGGCGGGGAUCUGCAUCGCGGGUGGCCUCGGCAAGAAACUGCUGGUGAGGCGCCUGAUGAGCCUGGCGCACAUGUUCUGGGAGGAUUCCCAAACAGCACGCGCGGACACCAUCUACAGCUUCCUUCAGACAGUACACUAUGAGGAGCCGGGCCCUGGGAGUGAGGAGCUGUGGUGGCACAACCACCGAGCGCUGAGAUGAAGGAGCCCCGUGUCUGUCUCCGGGACCUCCAAAAAAGGAACGAGGACGGGUGGCGGCAGCAUGAAUUUUCUCCCUUCGCUCGGGAGAGAUGUUCACUUUUUUUAUGGACAUCUUCUUGUUGUGGCUGAACUCCUGGGUGCUGUUAAUUGUUCACAGGUUAUUUGCUUUUGGGAAUGUCAUUCUAUCCGAUGACUUUUUUUGUCUCCCAAUCGCUCCCCCACAAUUACUCCCUUUUUCCCCCUUCCCUCCUCCCAAGGAAAAGGGUGAAAUGAUAUGAGGAAGAUGCACUCCAUCCACUGUCGUUAAAGGUCACCGAUGUUGUUCCGGAUGCAUGUGAAGUGACCAGGGAGGGAGGGAAGAGCACGGCUGGGUGAUUCAGGGGCUGCCCUUUCAAUGGAGCGUGUCGGAAAUGGGACCUUCCGCAGGGAUUCAGCCUAUAAACUCCGGUGGUGGCUUUUAAUUCUGGGAUGGGGGAAAACAGGUGGCCCUCCAAAAAGGGGUUGGAGUGUGUCUCCCUCCCAAUCCUGUACUGUUGGCUGUACAGCCUACUGGCUAGAGUGGAGCCGGAUGGGACCCCACUCCAUCUGGAGGGCCAAACUUUCCUUGAUCUCUGUUUUUAAUAGAUUAAAAUCUUGUUGCUGUUGGAUAGGAUUCUUCGCCAUCCCCCUGACCCCCCCCAAGGACCUUUGAGAAAGAGUUGUUUUUGCAGGGAACGGGUGGGAAUCCGUGGAAAAGAGCAAGCCCACCACGCAAGGUGCUCCACGCGCCGCUCUCCUCUCACCAACUCUUAGUUUUGUUGCCUUGAACACGUGAAAUAAAGCCUUCUU